UCGCCAGUGCUUGCAUUUGCGGGGGGAGUGCUCGCUGGUGCAGGCUCGGCCUCCUUGUGGCACAGGCGAACAAGCACAGGAGUACUUCUUAUCAAAGUAUUCCCGCACAAGCGCAGUUGCGUGGCGUUCGCGAGCAUGUCCGAAUGUUGCGGAACCCUUGAGAGCGGACGGCCACGGAGUCUGGGUGCUCGAAGCUUUAUAUUUAACGGUUUACUUUUCUCACAUAAGUUAUCACCUGCCCUGCUCACGGCAGCAACACACAAAUAAAAGCGACGCGUGCACGAGGCGAACAUAGGGCCCAUAAAUGAUGACGACGAUAACAUGCGUAAUGGAUGUAUCUAGUCGCCGCCUUUGUUAAAUGGGUUGAAGUGGACUGCUGGACUACCUUCAGUGCUUCAGAGAGGAAGUGGCUUUCACCUAGCGGCACGCGGCGCAAUUACGGCUGUAGUUUGUGGCCUCUGUGAUUGGUGUAAGUGAUGUCGAUCUUAAAGGCGUUACAGCUUGUAAUUCACUUACAUUUCGUGUAUCGUUUUAUAUUCGGCACGUAAUCGCCGAAGUCAACUAUACCGUGCCGCGAAUAUCUUUCAUUCAAAACCUGCUUCCAGUCAGGAGCUAAAAUCACUAACAUAUUUUCAACUCUGCUAUCCGUGCAAUCCCAUCGCUCGCAUCCACCGCAUCCUGUGCUACAUGCUGCAGCAAACUGCACGCACAGGCACAGCUUCUUCCCGCAUCUCUAACGUUGAGAGGUUUCUUCCAUCUGUCAUAUUGGUUACAUGCGCAGAAAUUCAAGUUUCUUGCCAUGUAAACUCCUGUUUGCAUGAUAUUGUAGUCUAUCGACUGCUGUGCGAUCACUUCGUUCGGUGGGUUCGGUACUCUCCUCCUCUUGCUGGAGGACGAAGCAUCCAUCAUCUUUCAAAUGAUGUGACUGUCCGGCAUCGUUCGUGACCACUGCCGUUAAAGGUGGAAAACUGCAGUUCGUGUGAGUUCAUCGUCAGCCGUGUCAGGCAUCUGUGGCUCUCUGAUCGCGGUCGAAGCUGAAACUGGUGUUCAGCUCACCGAACCUGCACCAUGGCUGGUGUUGGAGAGGACACUCCCAGCAACAUGACAACGAGCGAAACGGAUGCAGCUGCUAGCCAGACGGGCCAGAGCAAAUCAUUUGGGACCUGCUGUGACCAGCAUGCUGUUGAGAGCCCUGCAAAUGCUUCACCACCAAUGAACCGCCGAGGCAGUGAUGCCUCGCAGUGUCUUACAACCAACGGUGUGCGAGCACGUGGUGACGAUUCACUGGCACCUAUUGGAUCAAACAGUGGCCAAGUCCUGUUCAACUGGCAAGCUUCGAAAAGCACCGUGCAGGAGCGGCUGUCUUUUCUCUUCAACAAGGAAAUCCUCAGCGACGUACGUUUCCUGGUUGGCCGGGGUGCACAGCAGCAACGGUUGCCCGCUCACAAGUUUGUACUGUCUGUGGGAAGUGCCGUCUUUGACGCAAUGUUUAAUGGGGCCCUGGCGACAAAUGCAGAAGAGGUGGAGCUUCCCGACGUGGAACCUGCUGCUUUCCUGGCCCUACUCAAGUUCUUGUACUCCGACCAAGUACAGAUUGGUGCUGAGACCGUCAUGACCACCCUCUACACAGCAAAGAAAUAUGCAGUGCCUGCUCUGGAGAAGGCUUGUGUCGACUUCCUACAGCGACAGCUGAGUAGUGACAACGCCUUUCUGCUUCUAGCACAGGCACGGCUAUUUGAUGAGCCUCAGCUGGCAGCACUCUGUCUCGACACUAUCGACAAGUGCACAGCAGAAGCCCUUGCAGCAGAAGGCUUUGUGGACAUUGACCGGGACACCCUGUGCGCUGUGCUUGAGCGAGAUACGCUCCGUAUCCGGGAGGUGAAACUGUUUGCUGCUUCUGUGCGCUGGGCGGAGGCGGAGUGUGUGCGCACAGGACGGCCUGUCACUGCGGACAACAAGCGUGCUGCUCUCGGACGGGCACUGUUUCUAGUGCGCUUCCCACUCAUGAGCAUCGAGGAGUUUGCGUUAGGGCCUGCACAGAGUGGCUUGCUGACGGACAGGGAGCUAGUCUCCCUGUUUCUGCACCUUACGGUGAACCCAAAACCACCCGUUGCAUUUCCGGACAGCCCUCGCUGCUGCAUCUUGGGAAAAGAACAGGUGGUGGCACGGUUUCAGCAGACUGAGAGCCGUUGGGGCUACUCUGGAACAUCUGACCGUAUACGGUUUGCAGUGGACAGGAAGAUCUUUGUGCUUGGCUAUGGUUUAUAUGGGUCUAUUCAUGGCCCUUCGGACUAUGAUGUCAACAUUCAGCUUGUUCAGACAGGCUCUGGCCAAGUGCUUGGCUCACAUGACACAAGCUUUAAUAGCGAUGGAUCAUCAACCAGAUUUCGUGUGCUCUUCAAGAGCCCAGUGGAAGUGGCUCCUAAUGUCAACUACACAGCUUGUGCCACGCUCAAGGGACCAGACUCUCAUUACGGAACAAAGGGCUUGCGUAAGGUAACACUCGACUGCCCUCGUGGGAGCAAGGUUACGUUCCAGUUCACCUAUGCUGCUGGAAACAACAAUGGCACCUCUGUUGAAGAUGGUCAGAUUCCAGAGAUCAUCUUCUUCACAUAGUGCAUCUGACAGGAAUUCCAGUACUGUACCGGUGCAUUUAAGACAGACUGCAAAGCAGCGCUGUAAUUUAAUCUGUUCCCGAGGACUACAAUCGGGGAAACUGUGUGAAAGCCUCAGCAUUACCCCGAGCCAAAGGUGCGGAUACCUUGGUUGUGGUAGGAAUGAUCUGCAUAUGUAGCAUUGGAACUACUUACCUUUUGUCAAUUUAUGCGAGUGAGCUUUGAUGUUGAUUUAUUGCCAUUAGUGGUCAUUAGUGCCCUUACCAUGGAAUGACAUUGCUUUCCACCUCUCAAGAGUUGUGUACAAGCAGUGUAGAACAUCAAGCAUUCCCAGAAUGCCUACUGGUAAAAGUGUGUGAAUGCUGGUUUUCGAAAGCGAAUCAAAUGCAAUAGUUAUGGUACCAAGUUGGAUAUAACUUAAUAUUAUUGCAUACUUUUCAAUUAUGUUGAAAUAUCUUUCAAAUAGAGAACAUAUUUGUACUGGUCUUUAAACUCAAUGUCCUCAAAGCACCCUGACCCCCCCCUUUACUCUAUUUUAAGAUGGACCUCGUUAGCUAUGAAAUCUACCAGGUCACAGGCUACCUUGCUAUUUUCUAUGCUUGCUAAACACAAGUAAGGUUUCAGGUAUUUGAUAGCAUACGUGUAGAUGUGGAAAUGUUUAAGUGAAUGAUGAAAAAGCUUUGAGCAACAAUUUAGUUUUUGACUGCAAUGUUACUACACUAGUGGUUAAUAAACAGCAUUAUGUAAUUCUGAAUAUGAAUGAGGACCUCAUCAGCAUACAAGGUUCUUUAACACAAAAUGCUUUUGCAUGUUCUCACUAUUUUUAUCAACAUGAAAUAUACAUGACCAAAUUUUUCUUUUGAGAAGCAAGUGAAGUUAAUAGUAUUUAUUAUGUUUUGAAAGAUUUUAAAUAUUUGCACACCCCUACCUCUAGGCGUUGUAUAGACGUGGGAAAUCAGUGCUGGCAGGUGUUGCUGUGCAUGUAUAUGUAAAUGCUGUUUCACUCUGUGCAGUUGUAAUUACAUUAAUGUUCAUGGAGUUGUUGAUGGAAGAACUUGGACAGUACUACCACGGCCGCUGGAUAAAAAAAAAUGGUGUGGCCUGCCGUGUCGAGCGCACUGCAAUGGGAGCGAAUGUGACAACCAUAGUUGCAUUGUCGGCCGCUUGGCCGGGCCGAAUGGCGCUAGCUAUCGGUGAGAAAAUGCGACGACAUUCCAAGCGCGUUCCUGACACAUUUUCUAUGCCGAUGCCAAACAACAGCCCCUGAUGUGUGGCGCCGUGGCGGAUCACACCGUUUUCGAUGCACGUGGCAGGCCGCACCUUUUCUUUUUUAUCCAGCGGCCGUGGUACUACUGACCAAGCCAUCUCAAUAGACCGUUGUGCUGCUAUGUGCUAUGAGUGAAUCUCUAAAUGUGGUUUUGAAAAGUCUUGCCACAAUGUUAUUAUCAGGAGCACUACGACCUGGACAGUCAGGUGUCUGAUUUUAUUUAUUUGAGUUAUGUUGUGAAACCGAAUUUCACGCACUUGGAUGGCUGUAAUUCUGCGUGGAACAUGGCACAUGGACCAGUGCGCAUUGUGCAGCAUUAGCACUCGGGCACAUGCUUCCCAGUAAAACCUUAUUACACUACAUGUAUGAGUUGCUCACUUGUAUAUUGUUUAUCUAGUCUCCUGUACCUAUUGCAGGGCUUUCCCUUCUUUGUUUUCAAAAAAAAAAAAAAAAAGAAAUCUGCAAUUGCAAGUUGCUUGUUUCUUGAAAUGUACACUAUAUAUACUUUAUUAAACUGACCCCUACACUGUA